UGUGGGGAAGGAGGGGGAGGGUAGAGGGGGCCGCCAUCAUGAGCGCGGCGCUGGAGAAGCCGCAGAUCAUCUCGCACAUCCAGAAGUCGCUCAACUACACCCUGUUCGACUGCAAAUGGAUCCCGUGCAGCGCCAAGUUCGUGUGCAUGGGCAACUACGCCAGGGGCACGGGGGUGCUGCAGGUGUACGAGGUGUGCCAGGGCGAAGCCGUGCUGCUGAAGGAGAUUGAGAAAUCAAAACCUAUUAAAUGUGGCACCUUUGGAUCUGCCUCGUUACAGCAACGCUAUCUAGCUACGGGGAACUUUGAUGGAAACAUGAAUAUUUGGAAUCUCGAGGCUCCAGAAUUGCCCGUGUACUCUGUGAAAGCUCACAAGGAAAUCAUCAACUGUAUCGAUGGAGUAGGUGGCCUAGGAAUUGGGGAAGGAGCUCCGGAAGUGGUCACCGGCAGCAGAGAUGGAAUGGUAAAAGUAUGGGACCCCAGACAGAAGGACACUCCCGUGGCAAACAUGCAAUCUGCAGGUGGAGAUAACCAGCGGGAUUGUUGGACUGUGGCCUUUGGCCAUGCCUACAAUCAACAGGAGCGGUGUGUGUGCGCUGGCUACGACAACGGGGACAUCAAGCUGUUUGACCUCAGAACUAUGUCACUCCGGUGGGAAAAAAACAUCAGGAACGGGGUUUGUUGCGUUGAGUUUGACAGGAAAGAUAUCACCAUGAAUAAGCUGGUGGCCACUUCAUUAGAGGGCAAGUUCCACGUGUUUGACAUGAGGACCCAACACCCGACCAAGGGCUUUGCCUCCGUCAGUGAAAAGGCAUCCAAAUCCACCAUCUGGCAGGCCCGCCACUUGCCACAGAACAGAGACAUCUUCAUGACAGCGGGAGGGGCUGGCAACCUGUACCUGUGGAAAUAUGAAUACCCAGCCGAGCGCUCUAAGAUGGACUCUGACAACGUGGACAUGGGAGUGGCUGGCAGUGUCACCUUGCUUCAAAAUGCCACCAUCUCCACCCAGCCCAUAUCAAGCCUGGAUUGGAGCCCGGACAAACUGGGCCUCUGUGUGUGCACUGCAUUUGACCAGACCGUCAGAGUUUUAAUUGCGACUAAACUCAACCGAGUUUAAAGUGACUCUCUGCAGGUGAAACGGGUCCUUUGUGAAAAAUAAAAGACUGCGUGGAAAA